UCCUCAAGCUAGAUUUCUAAAAACAUUUUUACCACGGAAAUUGACUAGAAAUUGCCAGCCAGCAAUCAUCACCAGACAACAGCCAUCAAGGAAACUUCACACACGACAGUAUAAGAGUGUUUUGCGCCUCUGCCCCCCAAAUUAAUAUUGAAAGCAAACACUGUAGGCCAGAUCAUAAAUGCUCUAACCAAAAGACCGCGCGAUCCCGACGAACGACCGAUUAAAAACCAAAUAACCACGACGAGGACGAGAACGAGGACGAUUGAAUCAAAGCAACCACGGUGUGGUCAUUUCUAUACCGGUGUGCCGCUGCAGCUCCUGGUGCCGGCAUGGGCGCCAACGUCUCGCAGCUGGAGCGGGAGAUUGGCUCCGACCUCUUCCCGCCCAACGAGCACUACUUCGGGCUGGUGAACUUCGGGAAUACCUGCUACAGCAACUCGGUGCUGCAGGCCCUCUACUUUUGCAAGCCCUUCCGCGAGAAGGUGCUCGAGUACAAGGCCAAGAACAAGAGGCCCAAGGAGACGCUGCUCUCCUGCCUGGCGGAUCUUUUCUACAGCAUUGCCACGCAGAAGAAGAAGGUGGGCUCCAUAGCUCCGAAGAAGUUCAUCACACGGCUGCGCAAGGAGAAGGAGGAGUUCGACAACUAUAUGCAGCAAGAUGCCCACGAGUUCCUCAACUUCCUGAUCAACCACAUCAACGAGAUCAUUUUGGCCGAGCGAAAUGCGGGGCCAAGCAAUGGAAACCCCAAGUCCAACAAUCCAGGCGGAGCCCCAAGUGCCAUGGCGAGCAGCAUAGCUAGCAAGUCCAGCUCCACGUCCAACUCGAAUUCCAACUCCAAUUCGACCAGCAACUCAAACGGAAACAGCAGCAACUCCACGGGCUCGCUGAAUGCCACCACAAGUGUGUUGGAUGCCAGUGGCAGUCUCACGGCCACCACAACGCCCAUAAUCUCCGGAAAUGGAACCGGAACCAAUGGGGCCAAUUCGGAGCCCACCUGGGUGCACGAGAUCUUCCAGGGCAUCCUCACCUCGGAGACCAGGUGCCUCAACUGCGAGACGGUGAGCAGCAAGGACGAGAACUUCUUCGAUCUUCAGGUGGACGUGGACCAGAACACCUCGAUUACGCACUGUUUGAGAUGCUUUAGCAACACCGAGACCCUUUGCUCGGACAACAAGUUCAAGUGCGACAAUUGCUGCAGCUACCAGGAGGCGCAGAAGCGGAUGCGGGUGAAGAAGCUGCCCAUGAUCCUGGCCCUGCAUCUCAAGCGCUUCAAGUACAUGGAGCAGUUCAACCGGCACAUCAAGGUUUCGCACAGGGUCGUCUUCCCACUGGAACUGCGGCUCUUUAACACCUCCGACGAUGCCGUGAAUCCGGACAGACUCUACGAUCUCACCGCGGUGGUCAUUCAUUGCGGCUCGGGACCGAAUCGUGGCCAUUAUAUAUCCAUUGUGAAGAGCCACGGGCUGUGGCUGCUCUUCGACGAUGAUAUGGUGGACAAAAUCGAGGCCUCCACCAUCGAAGAUUUCUACGGUCUGACCUCGGACAUACACAAGUCCUCGGAGACGGGCUACAUUCUGUUCUAUCAGUCGCGGGACUGCGCCUAAAACUUUUAUGUUAUCGCCUACC